UGGGGUCAAACAGUAACAAAGCAUAGUUCAACAACUGAGAAUCAAACCAAUUCGAAGACAAUUGCAAGGCUGAGAAUGAAAUCAGUUCAGAAACCACUGCAUAUUCUCUCCCUUGCCUCAAAAUCCAGCAUCACACCACGCUCAUUUUCCACUUCCACUUCUGCUAUUGAUUCAAUUACUGCACCGAAACCAACCAAUCAAACUCAAACUCAAAGUCUAACUCAAGAAGAGCACACAAAGAUCAACCUCCUCCUCCCACGCCUCUGCCUCUUAAACCACCUCGACACAGCAACCCACCUCACCAUCACAGCCCUGCUCACAAACCCACCUCUCAAAUCUCUCUCUUUGUCCAUUCUUAUCCACUCCUUCACUUCCCAAUCCGACAUGGCCCGACCCAUGUCACUUUUAACCCGCCUCAGGCACAACCCACCUUCACAUCCCUAUCUCACGCCCAUCUCAACCAUGUUCAUUGCCUCAUAUUUCAAGAAAAAUAAACCCAAAGAGGCCCUCAAAAUGUUCAACUGGUUGGUAAGGCCAGGCUCUCCAUGUGUGCUCGACGAGAGAGUUUGUGAGGUUUUGGUUAAUGGGUUCUGUAAGAAUGGGAUGGUUCUUGAGGCUUUGAAGGUUUUGAGGGCCAUGCUGAGUACGAAUAUCGUGCCGGGAUGUGGUCUGAAGAAGUGGGUUUAUAAGGUUUUGUUGAGGGAGGCUAGGAUUAAGGAGGCAGUGGAGUUGAAUGAGGCUUUGGGUUGUGUAGGGGAUAGAGAGAAAGGUGAUGAAUCAGAGUGUGUGAAGAAGGUUUUGGCUUUGUUGGAUCACAUGAUUGGCAAUUGGGCAGAAUAGAGCAGUGAUGCAGGAGCAUAUGGGUGGAUCAAGAUAGAUAUUUACCAUUUAAUUAGUUAUUUCAUGAUAUAUUGGUAUUUUCUUAUUUAGGUAGUUUUAGGAUAACUUUUAUUAUUUAGGUGUGAUUUUAUAAUUAAUUAGUUUACUUUUGGACCAAGUAGCCUUGGUGCCCAAGUCUUGUAAAGCCUAUAAAUAAGGCUAAUGUAAUAGUUGUAGGGGAGUUUAUGUUGAUGA